AUGUUUAUUGGACAACUUCUCAGGUUCAUCAAGAUGGGGGAAGGCACAAUACAGCGGGAACUUUGCCUGACUGAACAUCUUAGAAAUGGAUGGGACAUGGUCCAUUCACUUCAGCAAAACAAGUUUCCAGCAGAUCGUGUCCAGUGUUCCAUUCACUGUGCAGUCCUAAACUGUCACUGGUUUCCAGAAGUUUCUUCCCCACAAUAUGAAAUUUGUUGUCAAGAGAAAGUAGUUACAUUUUUGUAUUUACAAAAUUUUCAAGGUGCAGGGAAAGGCAGUGCCAUGGGUAUUUACAUGGGAAGUUCUAAAUAUAUUCGCAACCUUUGGCUUCAGCUGGUGCAUUUUCAUUCAGAACCAAAACAGCUGAAUUUCCAAAGGAAUUAA